AAUUUAGAUAAUCUAAAAUGUUUCUAAUGUGAUUUUAGAAUUUCUAGACAAAUUUCAAUACUUAUUUACGAAUGGUUGUAGAAAAAUCAGUAAACUAUAGUACAAGUUUAUUAUUGAACAUUAAAUUCUUAUAAGAACUGAAAUAAUAAUCCCGUUCGGUGUUCUCAUCUGUCUAUCGUAACUGUCAAAUUAAAAGCUAAUGUUAGAAAAUACAGAAAAGUGCUAGUAUUUUCUUGUAUUUCAAUAAUAUUUGUGAUAACUCAUUAAAAUAUAACAAUGGUAUCCCUCAACCCAGUUAGAGUAUUGAAACAUGAAGCUGAAGAAGAAAGGGCCGAACUUGCUCGUCUCUCCAGUUUCGUUGGGGCCAUAGCUAUUGGAGACCUUGUCAAAAGUACAUUGGGUCCAAAAGGAAUGGACAAAAUUUUGGUUUCUAGUGGUAGAAACGCUGGAGAAGUAGUAGUUACAAAUGACGGUGCAACUAUAUUGAAAAGUGUAGGUGUUGACAACCCAGCUGCAAAAGUAUUAGUAAAUAUGUCCAAAGUUCAAGAUGAUGAGGUUGGAGAUGGAACCACAUCAGUUACCGUUUUGGCUGCUGAACUUUUGAGGGAGGCCGAGAAGCUUAUCGAUCAAAAAAUUCAUCCACAGACCAUUAUUGCUGGAUGGAGAAAAGCAACUGAUAUUGCCCGUAAAGCACUUUUAGAUGCUUCAGUAGAUAACAGUCUCAACUCUGAGAAAUUCCGUGAAGAUUUAAUGAACAUUGCUCGUACAACUUUGAGUUCUAAAAUUUUAGCACAACAUAAGGAACACUUCGCUUCACUUGCUGUCAAUGCUGUUUUACGUCUUAAAGGAUCUGGAAAUUUGGCCGCCAUCCAGCUGAUAAAGAAAAGUGGUGGAACCCUUGAAGAUUCUUUCUUAGAUGAAGGUUUCCUGUUAGACAAGAAACCUGGUGUACAUCAACCUAAGACAGUGGAGAACGCCAAAAUUCUGAUUGCCAACACUCCAAUGGACACAGAUAAAAUCAAAGUGUUUGGUUCUCACAUCAAAGUAGACUCUAUGGCUAAAAUCUCUGAACUUGAAUUGGCCGAAAAGGAGAAAAUGAAGGACAAAGUGAACAAAAUUCUGAAGCACAAUGUGAACGUUUUCAUCAAUAGGCAAUUGAUCUACAAUUACCCUGAGCAGUUGUUUGCUGACGCUGGCGUUAUGGCCAUAGAACAUGCAGAUUUCGAUGGUAUCGAAAGAUUGGCUUUGGUCACAGGUGGAGAAAUUGUUUCAACAUUCGACCAUCCAGAACUAGUCAAAUUGGGCACUUGCGACUUAAUCGAACAGGUCAUGAUCGGUGAAGACAUCCUUCUAAGAUUCAGCGGUGUUCCCAAAGGUGAAGCAUGCACAAUAGUCAUUCGUGGGGCAACUCAACAGAUCAUCGAUGAAGCAGACAGGUCGAUACAUGAUGCCUUGUGCGUAUUGACUGCUACUGUGAAGGAAUCGAGGGUUGUCUUUGGUGGUGGUUGCAGCGAAGUAUUGAUGGCUCUCGCUAUCACCAAAGAAGCUGUUAAUGUGCCCGGAAAAGAAGCUGUAGCAAUGGAGGCUUUUGCAAAGGCUCUUCUUCAGCUUCCAACAAUCAUAGCCGAUAAUGGUGGUUACGAUUCGGCCCAGUUGGUCAGUGAAUUGAGAGCAGCUCAUAAUAAGGGUGAAAAAAGCAUGGGUUUGGAUAUGUUGAGGGGUGAAAUUGGGGAUAUGAAAGCCUUAGGUAUUACCGAAUCAUUUGUUGUUAAGAGACAAGUGUUAUUGUCGGCUGCCGAAGCAGCAGAAGUAAUUCUUAGGGUAGACAAUAUUAUAAAGGCUGCACCAAGAAGGCGUGUAGAAGAUAGAGGACAUUGCUAGGUUUAUGUGUUCAGCCGCUUAUUUUCAUGUUUAUUUAAUACUGUAAUCAAUCUCAAAUCUUUUUUAUGUCACUACAAGCUACUAAUAAAACAUUGACCAAG